UCCCUUCUCUCGCACCCCUCUCCCUUCUCUCGCACCGCUCUCUCCCUCCCACCGCUCGGGACGGUCCCUGCUCCUCCUCGACCUCGUCGUCGCCGUCGCCCUCCGGCUGCUGCCCAUGCGGGAGGCCCGCCGGCCGGCCCGGGCCCCCAUGCCGGGGCCCUAGCCACGGACCCAUCGCCAUCGCCAAAGCCCGUUUUGGAAGACCGUCUCCAGCCUGGACCCGUCGCGGCUCCCGGUGGUCGCAGCAACGGCAGGACCCCCCCGCCGAGCCGGACACCCCUUCCUCCGCCUCUGCCGGUAGCCUCCGCCGGAGAGACCACCAGCCCCACCAUUCAGCGCGCAAGAUACCCUCCAGACAUGCCCUGCGUGCAAGCCCAGUAUAGCCCCUCGCCCACCGGGCCGGGCUUCGCGGCGGGGCCGCCGUGCGCCUACGGCGGGGACCCUAUGGAUCCCAUGAUGGACCCCGACUACGCCAAGCUGAGCGUGGGACUGGGCAGCGCCGAGAUGGCGGCCACCACCUCGCUGCCCAGCUUCAGCACCUUCAUGGAGGGCUACGCCGGCGGCUACGACCUCAAGCCGUCCUGCCUCUACCAGGGGCAGCCCCCGGCCGGACCCAGGCCACCGGUCAAGCUGGAGGAUGGACGCCCACCCGGCUACCCGGCCUCCGGCCCGCACGCCCCGGGCCUCUACUUCAAACCCACCCCGCCCUCCUUCCCCGGCCCCCUCUGGGACGAGCCGUCGAGCCUCGACGGCGCCGGGCCCUUGCUGGACGCCCCCUCGAAGGCGGCCCCCGCCCGCUUCCCCCUCUUCCACUUCAAGCCCUCGCCGCCGUCGCCCUCCGGCCCGGCCGCCGCCUCCUCCGGGCAGCACCCGGCCUUCGACGCCCCUUUGGAGGGUCGCCCCUACGGGCCGCCGCCGGCCAAGAGGGCCACGACCUUGGCCUACCCGCAGCUGGGGCUGGCGGCCGGCCUGCUGCAGGCCGGGGAGGGAGGCCUCCAGACCCCGGCCCGGACCGUCCCGGCCGGAGAGGGCACCUGUGCCGUCUGCGGGGACAACGCCGCCUGCCAGCACUACGGCGUCCGCACCUGCGAGGGCUGCAAGGGCUUCUUCAAGAGAACCGUACAGAAAAAUGCGAAAUACGUCUGCCUGGCCAAUAAGAACUGUCCAGUGGAUAAGAGACGUCGUAACCGCUGCCAGUAUUGCAGAUUUCAGAAAUGUCUCAGUGUCGGCAUGGUUAAGGAAGUUGUCCGUACUGAUAGUCUGAAAGGGAGGAGAGGUCGGCUACCUUCCAAACCAAAGAGCCCUCUCCAGCAGGAAUCUUCCCAGCCCUCUCCACCUUCUCCUCCAAUCAGCAUGAUGACUGCCCUGGUUCGAGCUUUAACCGACUCAACACCCAGAGACCUUGAUUAUUCUAGGUACUGUUCCAUCGACCAGACUGCUGCAGGCACGGAUGCAGAACAUGUACAACAGUUCUAUAAUCUUCUGACCGCCUCCAUCGAGAUAUCCAGGGGCUGGGCUGAAAAAAUUCCAGGAUUUACUGACCUUCCAAAGGAAGAUCAGACUUUACUUAUAGAAUCAGCUUUUUUGGAGCUGUUUGUACUAAGACUUUCCAUCAGAUCUAAUACUGCUGAAGAUAAGUUUGUAUUCUGUAAUGGACUUGUGCUUAAUAGACUUCAGUGCCUUCGUGGAUUUGGGGAAUGGCUCGAUUCAAUUAAAGACUUUUCCUUAAAUUUACAGAGCCUUAACCUUGAUAUUCCAGCCUUAGCAUGCUUAUCAGCUCUCAGUAUGGUUACAGAACGUCAUGGGUUAAAAGAACCAAAGAAGGUGGAGGAGCUAUGCAGCAAGAUCACCCGAAGCCUGAAAGAGCACCUGGCCCUCAGUUGCCAGAAUAAAGAGGCUGCUGAGCCCAAGGUGCUGGGGGCCCUCGCAGACUUACGAUCCCUUUGCACCCUGGGCCUCCAGCGCAUCUUCUAUCUGAAACUGGAAGACUUGGUGCCGCCUCCUUCCAUCGUGGACAGGCUGUUUCUGGACACCCUGCCCUUCUGAGGUCGGCUCCGUGCCCCGAGCAGGCCCUUGCGUGGAUAGGGCUGCCCAAGCCCCUCCUGGGCCCUUCCGGAAGAGAAGAGCGGCACCCCCGUUGGGAUCGAGACCAUCUUUGCCGGCGCUUUUCCCAGCCACUUUAAGCCGAAAAACUGAAUGGCAUACGUUCUUGGGGUUGUGUUUCUGUUUCCCAUAUUCGGGGGCGAUUUGUGGGGUUUUCUAAGACAUUGCUAAUCCAGCCCCUUAGGACAACGCUCCCCCAGCGGAAAAAAACACAAAAAAACCGAAGGGUUGCCCUGACUGACGGUAUUCAACCACUCCAUGGGGAAUGACGUUGUAGAUGCUUUGUAUUUAAAAACGGCACAAACCGUGGUUUGCCAGGUGGUACAUGUCUCGUGAUGGAUUGACUGAUCCCUUCCGAAGGUACCUCCAGUCUCGAGAGCACAUCCGUUGGCGUCAACAAAACAGAAGUUCUCUUUCUUGAACAAAAGAUGUGGAACUGAGGAUUUCAUUCGUAUCAGAGAAAGCAAAAUGACAAUGGCUAUUAACUCCCAUGUUCAAGUGCAAUUUUUAAAGUGCUGUCUUAUUAAGUCUCAUUUAUUAACUUUUAAUUUAUUUCAAUAGGAAAAUCACAAGGAAGAAACUAAGCAUGAACUACAUGCGCUAAUUUUUCCAUGACCAAGUUUCCCAAACUUGAAUUAGUGUAGUGACUGACAAAAUGUAUCUGGGAAGACACGGAGGGUGCGGGGGGAGCGAGGAGAGGGGACAUUUUGGGAUUCACUUGAGAACUUGUUCCUUGUUCAAGGAAUUAAAAAAAAAAAAAAGAUUAGCGAUUGGGUCAUACAGGGUCAGCAUCAGGGUUAGGACAUUUCAAUCAUUCAAUCUAGGAAACGAGUCCAGAGACAGGGCGAUUUUGGAAGAACAGACACGACUAGUGAAAUAUUUGAAUGUAAGUGUCAGGAGGCUUCUGUCAGCCGCGUUUCCACAUUCCGGGUUCGGACUCUUCUUUCGUACGUUUGUAACGUCGCUGCCACAUGACUAGCGGAGGACUUGUUGCGUAGCGUCUUUAUUUGUACACACAUUUGUACACACGGUAUACUGUAAAUGGCUUUGGCCUGUAUUUAUUGCAAGGACUGCCAGCUCCCGGGAGCCGGGUUACACAGAGUAAUUCAGUGAGGGUUCACCCUGCCUUGGCUACACCAAUUAGAAAUCGAUAAAUAUAUAUAACAGGUAAUAUAUAUAUUUAUAAUAUGUCUUUUUAUUAACCAUUUGAGUGAUAACUAUAUCUGUUGCUUCACCUAAAGAAUUAUUCUCGGGUUUGUUUGCAGUGACUUUUAAGGCAGUACUGUUUAGCACUUUGAUAUUGAAAUUAUUUUGCUAAAUUGAAAUAAUUCUUAAAGACUUUAGGUCUAAAAAUCUUUAUAUUAUAGACAUCGUAUUACAUCAAAAUUUCUCUAGUCAUUUUGCUAAGGAACAAAUUUUGAAUGUCAACUAGAUGUCACUGUAUCUUUUGUUAGCUUUAAAACCUUCUGGCUCUUAUCCUUGAAAAAACAAACUAUGCUGUUUAUAUGGAAAUUAAAUUAUACAGUCGAAUGCCAAAUGAAUCGUCUAAUUGCUGCAGAGGGUAACCCAUAUCAAAUCACUAAGUGGUUUUCCAUAGUCCUCUGAUAUUUUAGCAUUUAUUAUGUUUGUAUGUGCUUUCAUGAAAGUGUCCUAUAAAGAUUUAUAACCUGAUCAAUAAGAAAACAGACUUUAAUAAUUAUAGCUCAGAUUUCCAGAUGAUAACACGUAGGAAAGUAUUGGUUUUUGCAUUGACUUUCGGGCCAAUGAGCAAACAGAAUACACAUUACUGAAUAUCAGAAAAGCUGAUGUAGCUUGUAGGCUAACAUCAGACACCUGACCUACAAGGUAAAUAUAAUUGGAAUGAAUUUGAAGUUUUGUGUACGCAUGCAUGAGUGCGUAUACACACACACACAGCUACCCUAUAUACCACAUAUCCCAUAUAUGUAUGCCAUUAUCAUUUAGAAAGUUUAUUCUUGUUUCUGCUACUCCUAUGAGAAAUACAAGUCCCUCUUAGUGCUGCUGUCAUAAUUUCACCCUCUCCCUGGCCCCCAAACCAGGCUCACAGAGAAGACCUCCUUGGGAGCACGAUGCUUUUAUUAGAGAGAAUGAACCAGUUUUCUGGCUUCUCUUUCAGAGCCUGGAGUUAAGCUUCCGGCGGCCAGCGUGCCGCAGUCUUCCACGGUCUUUUCAACCGGGCCAGCCUCCAAAAUCACCAAUUUCACCUGGCUAGAAAUCCACAAGGUGUGUUCGUGCUACCCGAUCGGUGAUGGAUCCCAAGAAUAAAAGACGCUCAAAGCAGGUGUUCCUCCCCCUUUGUUAGAGCUCUCAGCCGAGCACGCCUUCCGCAGGCUGAAUUCAGGAAUAGACCAGCUGUUAAAAGGAGAGUGCCUUGCUUUUAUUUCAGACGACAGUGUUUGAGACGUUUCUCUGCUCCUCUAACAGCAGUGCUUUUUUUUGGCGUGUUAACCUGUGGGUUGAAAGAAAUGCUCUUGUACUUUAACCAUGUAAAUUAAAAUGAUUAAAUUGAAUAACGUUUUAUCACA